AGCUAAGCCAGCCACCCCCUCGCGGCGUGCCGCGAGGGGUGCCUGGCCGGCGCUCUCGGCCCGCCCGCGUUCGCGAUCCCGCGGCCCAGCCCGGCGGCGCCCGAUGGCCCUCGGGGAGGGCCUCUGCGGCAUCGGCGCCAAUGGCAUCGGCGCCAAUGGCAUGGCCGGAGGUGGCGUGCCCCUGGCGGAGGGGGAGUCUGUGAAGUACUGGUCCACGAGCAGGAGCAAGUGGGUCGGCGCGGUGGUGAAGGCCGUGGACGCGUGCGGCGCGGUGCAGCUGAACGUGAAGCCGAACGUGUGGGUCGGCCGGCUGGAGCAGGCCGCAAAGGCGGCCGCCGCCGAGGCAGCGCCCGCGCACGCCCUGCCCGCGCCGGGGCCGGUGACGCUGCCGGAGCCGGUGGCGGGAAGGC